AUGUUGAUGCUAAACUUAAAUACGUGUUUGUCAGCACUUGACGAAGAGUCUAAGGGGCAUACCAUAGCUGGUUUUGGAGGUUCUUGCUAUUACUAUCACUAUGGUGCCCAGGAUAAUGAUGAUCAAUGUCCUUUCGAUAUGCCUACAAUAUCUGACAUACAACAGACUCUAUACGAAAUCGGAGACAAGCCAAAAUCUUUUGUAGGCUCUCAUGAUUGGAUUGGGACAUACGAGUGUGGUUUAGUAAUUCAACAACUUACGAAAGUAAGCAAUUUUACGGAAGAAAUUACGGAAUCGCUCGUUAACCAUUUCUUAACAAGAGGAUCACCGGUUAUGCUUGGAAUACUUGCAGUAAAGACAGUUCAUAAACAGCAUACAACGCUAUUAAUAUGCGACCCUCACUGUUACAGAAUGAAUAAGGAGCCUACUAUCAGUGAAUUAUGUGAAGAAGGCUGGAUACGUUGGUGCAAAACAACUGAAUUAACAGAAAAAAGUUUUUAUAAUUUAUGUCUACCUUUAUGA